AUGAAUCGUCAAGAGUUCGCCCACCUCUUAUCCCAGACACAGUCGAUGAUGGCUCCCUCACGAGUCCCGACUCCUGCGCACCUCACCUCCGAUUCCUGUCGGCAUCACCCAGCUUCGGCUGCGUCGCCUCCUCCGCUAUCACCUCGGCAGAAGUUCCAAGCACAUGUACGGACGUUGAGUGAUCAGACUUCAACCCCGCCUCGAAACGCGUCCACGACUCCCACGAGGUCACCAGGGUUGCAGCAUGUUUCUAGUUUACGUGUCUCAUAUCGCCCAAGCUCCUCUCCGAGAAGCCCUUCGCGAUCGAGUCCAACCUGGGAAAACCACGAGUCGACACUCAAAGCGUUCAACAACACCCACAAUGAGCCAUACUUCAUCAGAGAAGAGCGGGAAGCCUGGAGUAGACCAUCCCCGACCAGGACAACUGUGCCCUUCAACGACGAUGUCCUCUUUCUACAACCACCCCCGGCACCUAGUCCAAUUCUGCAACCAAGCAAACAACUAAGAGAACUGCGUCCUUUUGCCCCUCUGGCCCACCCGGUGGACGUGAACGAAAGACCCAAAACUAGUCGAGGGCCAGCGCAUAAGAAUUCGAUUUUUGCAAUCGAAAAUGCCGAUUCCAACUCUACGGAGGAAGAGGAUCUGCCUUUACGAGCGUCAAGGUUUGCAGAGGGGAGUAUGAAUGCCCGGUCUGCUGGAAUAUCUUCCACCUGGCAGGAGCAUGGUUCAAUCGCUAGCUGCUCUGAAACCGAAUCAGAUGGCGAUGCUACCCCACGAGCGUCCCCACAGCGCUCUUCUAUCGAUCUGAACGAGUUCAGACCAGAGACUGUAAUCGCACCUACAUUCAAGCAACGCCUUUUCAAAUUUGGCGCCAAGGCCAAAUCAAAAGAAAGUACGACAAAGGUGGAAGGGGAACCGGCUGCAAAAAAGAAGAAUGGCCUGAGAAAGAGCAUGUCGCUAUGGAACCUCCAUGGUGACAGAAAGAAGACUGCAGAGGGUUCAGAGAGCCCGGAAAAGAAAUCCGCAGCCUCAAGUCAUAACAGCGAACUUGAGGUGCUCAAUGAUAGAAAGAGACGCGCAGAGGAGGCGUACGCUCAACAAUUUGGCAUGAAGAGGAGAAAAUCCAAUGUGGGCCUGGCUACAGCAACAGACAUCUCCGAGAUGGGAGCUACGAUUCGCAGCCAAUCCCAGAGCAUGCCGCUUCCAAACAACAAUAGACGUCCAAGCCAGUCUCCGUCGAAGACGGUCGCGGCUGAGCCCGAAUGGUCUGACAGUCAUAAUGACCUCGAUUAUCAGAAACGGCCAACCCGCCGGGAACUGGAAAAGGAGAACCAACAGCUGCGAGCUUUGUUGAGACAGAAGCAGCAAGAUAAGACCACUCAGCCGGCGCCAUCUUCUUCCCGGCAGCAUACUCUGACUCCUGGAGUCCACGAAAAUGACCUCUCCACAGCUCAGUCCUCUGCUAAGAAGCAGACCCAGAAACAGACUGGAGCAGCAGGCCCGCAUGUUCCCCCAAUACCGGAGCGCGCGGCGUUGAGGACAUUGAGCAACACCACAAAUCAGCCGCAUGUUAAGAACAAGGGCAACGGCGAUCUGGUGAUCAUUUCAACAUCAGAUGUUAAUGACCAACAAAAACAUAAUCCGAAGAAGCAGCGCCGGCGUUCGUCCGCCGUCAGGGGUGAAGGGUUUUCGCAUCCGUUCUCUGCCAUUAUUGAAGAAGACGAAGAAACAGGAAUAGCACAGUCUCGGAAGGAAAAUCAAUGCCCGAGGGGUGAUAUGGAGUUGGUGGCAGAAAUGAAAUCGGCCAAUGGUGUUGUGAACGUCAGGGGAAUGAAGGGCCAAGAGCACGUUGCGACGAUGCAGGUCAAGGGUGUUCAGAGGGAGAACUGGGAAUGGCCUGACGACGUUUUCUGA